AUGAGUUUCGACUCUAGUUCUUCUUCAUGGUAUAGUCAAAAUAGGAAUUUAAGAAAUAGGACAUCUACAUCAAGUCGUUCAAGAAGUAGAGAUAGAAGUAGAUAUUCUGGGAUGAGUGAAAGUGAUAGUCAAUUUCAAAAUGAUGAUAUUAUGAGGUUACAAGAAAAAAUUCAGGGAAUGUCUAUGAGAAGAAGUAAUCCAAUCUCACAAAAGAUUCGUGUUUCAAGAGAGAAUCUUCCUGCUUUUCAACACCGACAAGAAAUCAUUGAAAAAAUCAGACAAAAUCAAGUUGUUAUUAUUUCAGGAGAUACUGGUUGUGGUAAAUCAACUCAAGUUACACAAUAUAUUUUUGAAGAUGCUAGAGCAAAUGGUGAACAUGUUAAAAUUGCAUGUACUCAACCUAGAAGAAUUGCUGCUACUAGUCUUGCUGAACGAGUUUCAGAAGAAGUAGGAUGUUCAUUAGGAACAGCUGUUGGGUAUCAAAUUGGGAUGGAAAAACAAGCAGAUAGUAACACAAAUAUAAUUUAUUUAACUCCAGGAGUAUUACUUCAACAACUAAUGAGAAGAGAAGGAAGAAGAAUGUAUACACAUAUUAUUAUUGAUGAAGCACAUGAAAGAGAUCUUGACACUGAAUUUUGUUUAAUGUUAUUAAGAAAAUUUCUUUCAAAAACAACUGUGAGACUAAUUAUUAUGUCAGCAAUGAUGGAUGUUGAAAAAAUUCAAAACCAUUUUAUGUUAAUUCCAGAAACAGGAUAUCAAAUGCAACUUCAAUACUUAUUAUGUGAUUUUAAAGAACAAAAAGAGUUUGAAAGAAUUGAUAUUACAAGAUUAUCUAAACCACCAUUACUUCAUAUUGGUGGUAAAAGAUUUCCUGUAGAAGAAUUUUAUAUUGAAGAUGUAUUAAAAUUAGUUAAAAAAACUUUUGAAGAAAUUUAUCCAUUUCAACAAAAAGAGAAUAUUUUCUCUACAUUAUAUCCUGAACUUGAUUCAAGAACUCUUGGAUUAGGAGUUGAUCUUAUUCAGUACAUUAUUAGAAAUGAAACUGCACCAAUUUGUAUUUUAGUUUUUCUUCCUGGAAUGGCUGAGAUUGAAGAAAUGAAAAGCAGGUUAGAGUGUUGUUCUUAUAGAGGAGAAAUUCCUUGUAACUUUAUUAAAUUACAUUCGACUGUUUCAAUGACAGAACAAAGAUCCAUUUUUAUAGAAUCAAAUGCUCAUAAAAUUAUUUUGUCUUCAAAUAUUGCUGAAAGUUCAAUUACUGUUCCUGGAGUUAAAGUAGUUAUUAAUUUUGGGAUGGAAAAGUCAAUGCAAUUUGAUACAGCAAUGAAUAUUGAAGCACUUAAAUUAACAUGGAUUUCUAGUGCAAGUGAAACACAAAGAGUUGGUAGAGCAGGAAGACUUUCAUCAGGUAAAUGUUAUCAUAUGUAUCCAAGAACAUUUGCAAGAGAACUUGGACGAUAUUCAGAACCAGAAAUUCAAAGAUCACCAUUAGAAAAGAUAAUGUUAAUGAUUUUAGAAAUGAAAGAAGGAAGAGAAUUACUUGAUUAUGGCAUUCAACCACCUUCAGACUCUAAUAUUGAAAGAUCAAUAGAUAAUUUAAUUAUUGGAGGAUUUGUUGUAAAAGAAAAUCGUAUUGAUAAUGCAAUUACUAUUGCACCAUUAGGAAGAUUUGCAGUUAAAUUACCAUUAGACUAUAGAGUUGCUAAAUUAGUAUUUUUUGGAUUAUAUUUUGGAGUAUUUACUGAAACUGCAAGAAUUGCUGCAUUAUUUGGAAUAAAUCAAACAUUAAGAAGAGAAACAUCAGAAAUGCUUCAGAAAAAGAUGGUUAUUGAUAAAUUAUAUAGUGAUAUUAUUACUUCUUUAUUAAUUGAUGAUAGUAAUAGAAGAGAAGUAACAAAUAUUGUUAAUGAAAUUACAAGAAGACUUUUUAUUGAUGUUAGAGAUAAGAAGUUAUAUGAUAGGUAUAAUGUUAAAAAUAAAGAAGGGGAAUAUGCUAUUCAUCUUGCAUUAUAUGCUGCAUUUUAUCCAAAUUAUUUUACUACCGAAUGUUUAGAUGGUAAAUUAUUAGAAGCAGUUAAUAGAGGAUGUUCUUCCCAUGAACGAGUUGGAGAAGUAGAAAUGAAUCCAUGGUAUACUAUUGCAUUUAAAGGAGUACCUGAUAGUGUUACUAACCAACAAUUUUUAGAACAACUUGGAACAUAUUUUUUUAAAGUAUUUGGGAAUGUUUCAGUAAUUAAAUAUAUAAAGAAAACUGAUAGAUUUAGAUUAGUUGAAUUUUAUGAAUUUAGGGAUGAAAUAAAAAAAGAGAUUUAUCCAUGGGGAACAAGAAUGAGAUAUCUUUAUAUAGCAUUAGAAUGGUUGUCUCAAUGUUCAUUUUAUUGUAAAGAAAAAGUUAAAGGACCUAAUGGAAUUGAAGAAGAUGUUACUGUUAGGUGUUAUGCUUAUCACCCAUAUUCUGUUUCAUUAGUAAAUUAUUUUACACGACAAAUUGCUCGAAUAGAAGGAGGAAGUUGUUUAGCACCUUUAUUAAUGAAACAAGAAUUAAGGGUUGGAGGAGGACAUGAAGAGUAUUAUCCUGUUGAUCCUAAUUAUUGUAUUGUAACAGGACUAAUUGGUGAAAGUAAUUCAGGAAUGACAAUGUGUAGAAAAGUAUCACUCUUUCCAAAUAAAAUUGGUAAACAACAUUUACCAAUAUUAGCAAUGAUUUUUUCACCUACUCCAGUAUUACCAUUUUAUAAUAAAAAUUAUACUAAACUUCGUUCAAUAUUAUUUGCACAUUCAAGAAGAAGUGUUAAAGUAGAAGUUUAUCUUGAUGAAACUACUUUGAUUGCUAUUAAUCGCAUUCGAAAUGAUAUUAAGAAUUUUGCUGACUCAUUUGAAAUUCAAAGAGGAGAAUAUUUAAGACCUUGUGAAGUAAUGCAAGUUUUUAAAGAAUUAUUAGAGAAAACAUACUAUCCAAUGAAAGGUAGGGAAAUACAACCUGAUGAAGAUGAAAUUAAAUUUGUUGAACGAAACCAAACACUAACUUAUCUUUAUGCAGACCAUCCUUUCCACAAAAUGAAACCUCUUAGUGUUGAAAAAGAUCUUGAGUUAAGUGAAGACGAUGAGGCACAAGAUGCAUCAACAAAAAUUGAUGAAUAUUUAUAUAAAGAGAAAUUAGCAAAAGGAUGGUACCCUGAAAAAAGACUAGUUUGUGGUUUAUGUCAAUCAGUUAUUUGUUAUUUAAAAAAUGUAAAACCACCUAGUUCGAAUUUACCUAAAAAUGUUAUUGGUGUAAUGACAUGUACUUUUGGAUUAUUAAAAACACAAAACGAUCCAAGAAUUGGUUGUUGUAUGAAAGGACAUCCUUGUUGCAAAAGAAUUGAUGGACAAUAUGUUCUUACUGAAGAUUCUAAAUGUAUAUUAGUUGAUGAUCAAGGAAUUUCAAAACCUUGGAUUCCAGAAACUUAUGAAAAUUUCUUUGCAAAUAUAGGAGGAAUUUAUACACAAGUUCCACCUGUUACACCUGGAGAGUCAUUAACAGAUUAUGAUUGUCCUUUAUGUGAAACAAAAUGUAGAACUAAAGAUGAAUUCCUUAAACAUAUUCCAACAACAACUCAUAGAAUGGCUGAGACUUACUAUCGAAAUAUUUAUAUGAGAAACAAAUAA